AUAGGUAGUAACUUGCUACUGCUACAUAAAUGCACAGGCAGAUAGUAGAUGACUGAUAAACAAUGGCAGUCACUUCCUUCUUCCUCUCAACUUUUCUAGCCAUUACUCUCUCAAUCUGCAACUUCUCAAAAGCCACAACCUUCCCCAGAGCCUCAGCCAUUCUUGUCUUUGGAGAUUCAACAGUUGAUACUGGUAACAAUAAAUAUAUUCAAACUCCAUUUAGAACUGACCACUUCCCAUAUGGCCAGGACUUUCCAGGUCAUAUUCCUACAGGAAGGUGCUCCAAUGGCAAACUGAUUCCUGAUUUUCUGGGCAGUUUUCUUGGAAUUAAAGAAACUAUUCCUCCUUUUCUUGACCCAAAUCUAUCGAAUCAAGAUAUUCUUACUGGGGUUUGUUUUGCAUCAGCAGGUUCAGGUUAUGACUACUUAACCACUUCUGUAUCGGGAGUUAUCCCUAUGUCCAAACAACUUGAGUUCUUCAAUGACUAUAUUGCGAGGCUUAAGAGUAUUGUUGGAGAAGAAGAGGGCAAUAAGAUAAUUGGUAGUUCUUUGAUAAUUGUUAGUGCAGGAACUAAUGAUUUUGUUUACAACUUUUAUGAUAUUCCUGCAAGAAGCCUUCAGUUCAACAUUUCCAGUUAUCAAGACUUUCUGCUGAGUAUUUUACACGAUUUUGUCAAGGAAUUGUACAAUUUAGGAGGGAGAUUAAUGGUGAUUGCUGGAAUCCCACCAAUUGGAUGUCUACCCAUUCAAAUUACAGAAAGAAUGUCUAAAAAUUCAAUGGAAAGAACAUGUUUGGAAGAUGAAAACUCAGAUUCAAAAGCCUACAAUAUGAAGCUGAAGCAACUGUUAAACCAAAUGCAGGCUUCAAUUCCACAGAGCAGAAUUGGGUAUGCAAAUGUGUAUGACCCAUUAUUUGACAUGAUUUCUCAUCCACAAAAUUAUGGUUUCAUGGAAACGAGCAAAGGAUGCUGCGGGACGGGGCUAGUGGAAGCAGCAGCCUUAUGCAACGAAGAAACUCCAACAUGUGGAAUUGCUGACCAAUUCGUGUUUUGGGAUAGUGUUCAUCCCACCCAAGCAGCCUACAACUAUCUUUCUGAUUACUUAAUCAAAGAUCUCAUUCCUUUUUUCACUUCCUCAACACCUUAAUUACCCUUUCAUAAUAUUUUCUUGUUCUAUGCAGUGAUUUUUUUUAAGUCAAUUGAUUGAAUGAUUGUUUAAUAGUUCAGAGCACAGUUCGGAAAAUUUGAAUUACCAAACUGAACCGAUUCAAAAAUCUUGUAGGAUUAUUAUUAUUAUUAUUAUUAUUGUUUGAAUAGGUGGUCAAUAGACCCGAUCCCAA